CCACCCAAUCUCCAUGCCCAUGAGUGUUUGAAUAACACAAGACAACAGGAGUGAAUUUGAGGCUGAGCCCCCAUAGCAGCAAAACCCUCAACUCCACAAAAGGGCCACAUAAAUCGUGAACCAAAUCAAAACUGCUAAUCUUCCAGCUGAGCCCAUCCCAGUGUCACAGAAGAGAAGAGGGUGGGACUUGGCUGGAUGCAGGGUGGAAGUUGUGAAAGUUUGCGUCACUUUCCUUCUCAGGACACUGCUCCCGGCCUGUUGUCUCGGGGCAAAAAGUCAGCAUGGCAAAGACCCUGAGAGACCGGCUGUUGGACACCAUUAGAGAGCUGGGUGAGUCAGACUUGAAGAUGUUUAAAGACAAGCUGAACAAUUUCCAGCCCAAGCCAGGUUUUAACAGUAUCAGAUGGGGAGAGCUGGAAAGAGCAGAUGCUGUAGAAAUCACUCGCCUGCUAGUCAACUACUAUGAGCAGGAUUACGCGGUGGAAGUGGCUAGGAAGGUGCUGGAGGACAUGGACAAGAAGAACCUGGCACACAACCUCUUCCAGGCCACAGAGAAGGCUCCAGGUGGCACUCAGCAGACCCCAGCACCAACCAGCAGCACCAUGACCGGAGUCACAGCAGGUGUAGUCACCCCCAUGGAAAACAGGCCAGACUCUUCCAGGGCUGGAGACUUAGGAGACAAGAUAGACCUAUGAUAACAUCGAGUUCUGCGCCGAAGGCUUCGCAGCUGACAUGGCACAGUGAAAGAGACGGUUAACACUGAAAUGAAGACCGUGCCCUGCUGCUCUACCAGCUUCCGAUGGCCAAGGAUACCCGGAGCCUUUUCAGAGUUGUACCAACUGGCCAGCAUAUUGCAUUCCAUAUUUUUGGUCAAUAAAACAAUUGCCUCUUUUUAAUAUGGA